AUGUUGUCGUUUUCAGAACUGCGGAAUAGAGCACUGCAACCGAGAUGGUUCAACUUCUACGGAUACAAUCCAGAUGAGAUUCAAGAUGGUACAUGAUGUUUUUUUCAGAAGUGCCUUGUUCUGCUUCUGGCUCCCGCUCCUCGAGGACUACAUAUAAUCCGCUUUUCUUCUUACACGACAAUUACAACACCAGAUCUUGAUGAGUCAAUCUCGUCAUGAGUUUGGUCCUGGUCCUCUUGUUGACCUGCGUUCUACUCUCACUCUCCAGCCGACGUGAAAGCCAUCGCCGAACAGGGAGAAGAGGUCGAAGCCAAUUGGUAUAAAGGCAAGCUGCUGAUCUCUGCGCGUGUCGAAAAACUGGACUCCCUUGAGGAGUUGCAGUCUGCCUGCGUCACCAUGGCUAAAGGCUUUGAGGAACCAGCCACGACGUCCAUAUGUCUCCUAGCUGACAUAUACAUGGUAGCUGGCGCUGUUGGACGCGAAUGCCAGGUAGAGAUAACCCUAGGGACACAAUCGGCAGAGACAGACUGGGUCUAUCCGAAUUUUGAUUCGGACCAUCCAGGUGCGUCAGCGUCAGCAUCGAGUUUAUGGCUCGGAGCAUGGGGCUACUAGUACUAGGUAGGAUCCUCGACUUUGAUGGCUAAGUAGGUACUUAGAAAGCUACAACUACUAGACGUAGUAGUUCUGGAUUUUUGAACAACAUCCUCCACGCCCGCGCCCACCUUCACCUUUCAUUCUUCAAAUCGGCAGCCUCCUCAGAAGACGACGGUGGAGAACAGGAUUUCAAUGUUCCGACGACUUUUCUGUAUUCUCAGAAACAAGGUAGACCGCAAAUCAUCCAAGUUUUGAUGCCAGAGGAUCCCAUUUCGCAGCCAGACUGCCUAAUCAACGUAUGGACACGAGGAGUCAUGAGCGGACGCACCAGGUUGGGAUAUGCUAAGAUUCCGCUGUCUUAAGGCUCUCUUCAAUUUAAUUCAUCUUCAACUCACUUUUUUUUUUUUGUAUCGUGAGCGAGUUCCGUGAAGAACCUGCCUACAUAUUUUCCGCGCGGAUACCGGCGUAGGGGGGCUAAUUAGAUUAUGAUUACUCCUCGUUCUCGCCGUUCCUACUGCAUGAGGUCAAGUUCAAUUAGAAACGCCUCUAAUAUCACACUUUAUCUACUUCAUUCAGACUUAAUCCUUGUGCGCUCUAACACUGAAGUUUGCAAAACUACGAACCCGGAAAUCCUAGGAUUCCAUUUUUCACGCCUUUGAAGCCUAUGCCGUGGAACGGAGUGCAGACUUUGCCUGUGAGUUUGCUGAUGACACUGGAGAAGACAAGUCAAGAGUCAGCGACGAAUGCGAGACACAUGAGAAAAAUGGUCAAGAACAUGCAAUACGUGCUGAGGGUGUACAUGUUCGGCGCAAGGCAUAUCGAUCUGGGAGAGCGGACAGUAAGACUCUCUUAAACUUCUACUGAUUUUUGAACUCCAUCUACUCUACUCAACGUGUCCUGCUCAACAUCUUUUUCUUUUCUAGUAUUCAACUACUCUUGACACUCACCGUUUCUCGUGCGCAUUACCUUCUGCUCCACCCCUCAGGCCGAGCCCGCCCUGUUCGUUCGUGCCACCUGUGCUGGGGCUAGCACGGAGACCAGGCAGAUUGUGGGCGAUUUGAGGCCAACGUGGAUGAGGUGUAUGGAGCUGUGCAUUACCCUAAUGUCCGACCACCCGAAAAAACCGCCUACGAUGGAACCCAUCACAGUGUCCCUCUGCAAUUACGAAGGUUUCUUCUCUCAACCAGUCAUCGGCAAAGCGAUUUGCAAGUACACUUACAUGCGGCAAAAAGACAUUCUGGACGAGUGGGAACCGUACCAACUGGUACCACAGUGGGUGAAGCUGUACGGAGGACAGUUCAAUUCGAAGCCAACAGGGGAGAUUUGUGUUGCGUUCGAGUUGCUGAGGAAGAAGGACGUUCCUGAAUUGCCACCAAGUCGAAUGUGGCCGAAAGAAGAGUUGUACUAUUACGGCUAGAAGAAGAUGAACGAAGUAAGAUUAUUUAAUUACCUGUAUGGCCAAGAACUAUCACGAUUCUUGUCCUCCGUGCAAAGUCAACAAACCAGCUAAGCUCUAAUGCCACCAACCCCGCGUCGACUUCUGCCGACUACGCAAAGCGACUCUGCACAUCUCUGUUGUGGGUUUAAGGGACCUCAAACCUCUUCCUGGCCUCUUCGGCGGAUCGGCCGUUCAGUUCCCGGUUUUAGAGUUCAAAGUGCGCAAACUCAAAGAGAAUGUGAAGACUUCGAAAGCCACCGGUCGAUCCAUACACGAGUUUUGGAGCUGUUUUGCGCGUUAUGAGACCGAGAAACCCGACGCCGACCCAACAAAUCCAGCGGAUCGGAAUAAGAUUAAGGCUAGAAGAAAUCCAUCUUCACAGGCAUCCUGAGACCGUUUUCAAGGGGAAAAAGGUCCUCGGAUGCGUCUCAAGAUGGAUUUCUCUUAGUUCUAAUAAGAGGUGGGAAUCGAAAGCAGGAAAGAUGAAUCACGAGAUCUUCCAGUAUCGAUGCGUGAAUGUGUUGCUGCCUGAAGACCCGGUCUUCUAUCCGUGGGUAACCAUCAAGGUCGGCGAAAGCAAUGGGGGCUACGGCAGUGUCACCGACAUAGCCGAAUGUAGAGUCGCACUUGGACCGUUGCUACCUUGGGUAGUAGGAGCCGGCCAACAAGGGGCAAUUACAGGAGGUGCAGAUGGCGGAGGGGGAAAAUCUCCAUCUUCUCCUAGUAAGAACUACCAAGUGGCCGCUGCGGAGUUUUUAGAACCUACACAAGAAGAACGCGAAGCCCACAUGGGUGAAGUGAGGAAAAGCGAAUUGCAAAACCGGAAGCCGAAACAAGACGUCAUCGCACCUCCAGCAAAAGUCCAACAGGAGGUUGAUUCGAGUGGGGUGCAUGUUUUGCUUCGGAAAAGCUCUCCACUACCUAUGAUUCCGGUCAAGAUGGCAGCUUUGAACAUGAAGUUACGGCUUCAUAACCUGAUCCACCUUCUUCGGAAGCAUCCUGAGCGGCCUUCUCAAGUUCAGGAUGGACCCUGAGAUGGAUUCGCGCGAGCUCUAAUAAAGUUAGGACACGCUCAUGGUCGUCCUUCUCUCGAAAAUCUAGUGGCAGAAGGUGCAGGUGGCGGAGGAGGUGGUGGGAUGAGCCCAGGCGAUGAAGAAGAAGCUCGAAGCAGUAUGCGCGACAAAGAUGACAUCUUUCUGCGCGCCGUAGGCGAGAUCCCACGAGCUGGCGGAGAUGGUGGCGCAACAAGGGGUGACUUGCAAGGCAGGCUAGAAGAUAAUCUCGUGAAUCCGUUUAUUAGUGACUUUUACUACCGCAACCUGCCGUUGACGCGCAACCGGGACGUUGUUAGUGAGGCAGACUCCGAAGCGUCCUAUGAUCCGGGAGUUUACGGCUUUGUCAAAGUAGCGAUGAAACUGACUGCUGGCCACAUGGAGGAAAUCUUAGGACACGACCCGAGGAUGCCACCAGGCUCGAAAGUCGCAUCAGCCUACCAAAGUGACAGCACUGCUCUAGGCGGUGAUAGUUCAUCGCGAUCGUCCUCAGCUGAGAGCUCCAGUGCAUCUUCCUCGGCUGAUUCCUCUGGGAACGAAGGUGGAUCUAGCAAAGUAGCUAUUGGAGGUGGGAAUCCUAAUGAAGGUGGCGACGAUAUUCAAGAUCGUGGCGAAGAGGACGAAGAAGGACAGAACUCUGCAGCGGGAAGUCCAGCCGAUAAAAACAAAGCUGUAGUUGCUAAAGCUGCAGCUUCUGACGUCGCUUGGAUUCGCGGGGCGCACGAUUUAGAACAGUAUGCGUGGGACGAACAAGCCCUGAGGGACCGAUACAAGUCGUCUGCGCGAGUACCAAAUCGAGUCAGGGUGCGUCUCUACUUCGUGAAAGGCAUUUGCAUCUAUGGCAAGGGCCGUGGAUUCGCUUCUCCGUACCUGGAAUUCACGCUUGGGAAUUCGUUGUUUGUCUCCAUGCGGAACAUGGUCUGCGAAAACACGAACACACCGACGUUUUAUCUUAUGAACUUGGACAGAUCAUGAAAGAAACUUUACAAUUCAAAAAAGUGAAGAACCUUCUUGCUCUACUAGUUGUAGUUCCUGAUACGCAACAUGUCUAUGUAGAUCGAUCACGCAUUCCUUUUUUUCUUCAAAGCUACCUCCCUCUAAUCAAUGCCUCGAAGAACGCGAUAUCCGAAUGCCUGAGGAUAGUCAACUCGAAGUGGCUCUCAAGGACUAUGACGGCGAUAUGACCAUAGGAGCUACCACUGUCGACCUAGAGGACAGAUGGCACUCAGACAGAUGGCGGGACUUGCAAGAACAGCAGAUUGUUCCUAGUGAGAAUCGUGGCCUCUGGACCCUGGACGCACCAGGAAUGAGCAGGGGAAGCAUAAAUUGUUGGGUGGAAAUGCUGGAUUCGGUGAAGUCGAGUGAACAGAAGUUAUGGUUCUUUCGGUAAUUGGACACGGAUACGGAUCUAAGUAGGUGGAGUUGAUCUUGGCUUCAUGCUUGGUCGUCAUGCUUGGCGUUGCCUUAUUGCUAGUCAUCGAGAAAUGACGGGUUGUUUCGUCCAGGACAAUAAGAGUCAGGUACUUCUACUCUCCCACAACUUCUCUAACCCUCGCCGCCACCUUAACUGCGCCUCCCGCUCAGGAGAUCGAAAUCCGUAUUGUGAUUUGGGACACGAAAGCCAUCAAAAUCGUGGACGAUGACCAUACUGAUGUGACUCUUUCAGUGAAUCUGGAUUGUGCGGAGUAUUUUGGAGAAUAUCCGAGUAUCCAAGACACCGAUGUGCACUACGGAUCCAAGACAGGAGAUGCGGUUUUCAACUGGCGGAUUGUCUACAAUCACCUAAAAAUGCCGACGAAAAGUUGCACAUUGCAGAUUUCAGUUUUGGACUACAACAUGAUGAGUGGAAACGUGUUUAUAGCCGAUGUCAAUUUAUGGCUGCUAGAACAACUUGUUUUAGCACUUGUUCUACUUCUAAUGCAGGAAUAAUUGCAAAUAGUGAAACUAAAAUUCAUGAUCAUCAUCUAGAAUAGUAUGCUGGUCCUCUUGUUAAACACCGUCUAGUCCAUUCAUCAUCAUCGUCAUCAUCAUCAUCAUCUAGAAAAGACAAAUCCAUCCGCGUCCGCCGACACGAUCCAGGACGCAUCAUCAUUUAGAAAAGACAAAUCCAUCCGCGUCCGCCAACAGACGCCUUCUAACUCCACUCGAUCUGAAGAAAUACCUCGAGAAGGUAGCACGCGAUAUGGACGCUAUUCAAAUCGAAAGCGAACUGGAAUUCAAGGCUUCGGCGGCUCCAGCAGAUGGCGAAGCACCGAAGUUAAGAUUUCUUGAGCAUAAUCAAAUGAAGAUUUCGCUGAGUUAUCUUCCACUUGUUUAGUUGUAGUAUCAAUCUAUAUCUUGUAUGUAGAUGUAGAUGUACAACAAAAAUUCUUUAGCAGCAUAAUUGUGAUUGCGUGCCAUCAUCAUGAUGGUCGUGAAGAUUUUACUUCUAACAAUAGACGGCAACGCACCUGAAGAGAGUUGUGGGAGCGUACACAUUUCUCUGUGGGUGAUGACCCAGUCGGAAGCAGACGGGAUGCCAGUGGGUUUAGCGCGAAACGAACCAAACGUGAAUCCACAAUUGAUUAUUAUGGCCUUGACAUUGAUUGAUAGUUUGCGAAGAUCUACUCAAUAAACGUAAAACUCAUUCACAAAGGAAAAGGAUAAUUAUAUUAACAACUACAGGAGUACUAGACGUGAUGAAGUAACCGGGCGUCGAUAGUCGUGUAAGACCAUUGGAUUCUUACUCGAGGAAGAUUUUGAUUUAGUAGAACUUCCUCCGCUAUCGCAGACGUUCAUCUACAACUCUCACUCACCUGCACCUGCUCUAACAUAACCCCCCUCGAGGGUCGCGGAUGGGGCGACGUUAUAGGCGGGUUCUCAUUCAAGCUGCCGAAUUUCGGUUUACUAGGCAAACUGAUGCCGGUUAUCAUCGUCUCUUUCGCCAUGAUGAUCGGAUUCCGAUACAUGGGUCUUUUGUAGACGAAGAGAUGUGAAGAAGUAUUGAGAACAAGAAGACACGGUCACGGAGUACAAUGUCAUGAUAGAUUUAGGGAAUGUUAAGCAACAAGAAAGAGUCUCAGUCUACGAUGAAUACUUUUGUAACAUUCCAUCACGAACUUAAACUUAUCGUUUGGUUGUACUUACUCUUACUCACACACUGCUUGUUCAUCAUCUGCAAAACAGGAGUUCUUGCUCCGUGGAAUUUACCUCUAUCUCAUACUAUAUAUAAUCGAUUUUGUGGCUUGAAACAGCUACAACACAGAGACUCCUGAGGCAGAGCUUGAAUUGUACUUCAGCUCAGAAACAUGCGUGCAUGUUGCACAGACCACACAGAGCAGAGGUAAGAAGAAGGACCAUUGUCCCAAUAAACUUCUGCAAGGUCUAU